CUUCUUCUUCUUCAACAACAUUUCUUUGUUGUGUAAUAAUCUUUUCUUGUGUUGAAAGAUGGAGGAGAUAUCAGAGAGAGUUAGAGCUCGGUUAGCCGUUCUCUCAGCGCAUCUGUCAUCAGCUAAUUCCUUGGAAUCAGGAUCUCCAGCCAUCGAGCGGUGGACCACGUCGGCGGAUAUCAAUCCUCCACCGCUUGGAUCCUUGAAGGGAGCCUUGACGGUCGUCGACGAGCGCACAGGGAAGAAGUAUCAGGUUCCAGUCUCAGAUGAUGGUACCGUUAAAGCCGUUGAUCUCAAGAAGAUUUCGAUGGGGAAGGAGGACAAAGGGAUUAAACUGUACGAUCCUGGUUACUUGAACACGGCUCCUGUUCGGUCCUCGAUCUCUUACAUCGACGGAGAUGAAGGGAUCCUACGUUAUCGUGGGUAUCCAAUAGAGGAAAUGGCUGAGAACAGUACUUUUCUUGAGGUUGCAUAUCUUCUGAUGUAUGGGAAUCUACCCUCUGAAAGUCAGCUAUCUGAUUGGGAGUUUGCUGUUUCUCAGCAUUCAGCUGUGCCACAAGGAGUUCUAGAUAUAAUACAGUCCAUGCCUCAUGAUGCACACCCCAUGGGAGUUCUUGUGAGUGCAAUGAGUGCUCUUUCCAUCUUCCACCCUGAUGCUAAUCCUGCUCUCAGGGGACAGGAUAUUUACGACUCAAAGCAAGUUAGAGAUAAACAAAUUAUUCGCAUUAUUGGAAAGGCACCAACUAUUGCAGCAGCUGCUUACUUGAGGAUGGCAGGGAGGCCUCCCGUUCUCCCUUCAGGAAGCCUUUCUUAUGCUGAGAACUUCCUCUAUAUGCUCGAUUCCAUGGGAAACCGAUCCUACAAACCUAACCCUCGGCUUGCUCGGGUGCUGGACAUCCUCUUCAUACUGCACGCGGAGCAUGAAAUGAACUGCUCCACCGCUGCUGCUAGGCAUCUUGCCUCUAGUGGUGUUGAUGUGUACACUGCUGUUGCUGGAGCUGUGGGUGCGCUUUACGGUCCACUUCAUGGUGGUGCAAACGAGGCUGUGCUUAAGAUGUUGUCAGAGAUUGGGAGUGUUGAUAACAUUCCAGAGUUCAUUGAGGGUGUGAAAAACAGGAAGAGGAAGAUGUCUGGUUUUGGGCACCGUGUGUACAAAAACUAUGACCCAAGAGCUAAAGUCAUCAAAAAGCUAGCGGAUGAAGUGUUCUCCAUAGUUGGAAGAGAUCCUCUAAUUGAAGUAGCCGUUGCUCUGGAGAAGGCAGCUCUUUCUGAUGAUUACUUUGUUAAGAGGAAGCUUUAUCCAAAUGUUGAUUUCUACUCUGGUUUAAUCUACAGGGCAAUGGGGUUUCCACCAGAGUUCUUCACUGUCUUGUUUGCUAUUCCUCGCAUGGCUGGAUACUUGUCUCAUUGGAAAGAGUCGUUGGAUGAUCCUGACACCAAGAUCAUGAGGCCACAACAGGUGUACACGGGAGUGUGGCUUAGGCAUUACACACCAGUUAGAGAGAGGGAUGAGCCAAAGGAGUCAGACAAGUUGAGUCAAGUCUCGACUUCUAAUGCAUCAAGAAGACGUUUGGCUGGAUCUUCAGCUUAGGUCCAUUAUCAUAUACCUUACAGUUACAGCACACUGCACCACAAAGAAUAAGAGAUUGGGUUCUCUACCCAAAUGCAAAGAAUUAAGAAUUUUCUUUUUGUGUUCCACAGAAUAAUUGUCUUUAACUGAUGGUUAAGGCAGAGCUCUUUAGAACAUUCAAUAAACAAAUAUAUCAGAUCACUGGUUGUUGGUGUUUAUGGAUAUUAUUAUCUGAAAUCA